AUGUCAUCGUCAAGGAAGAACAAUUUACUGGUCAAAAACACCGGAAUGAGCCUGAACGACAGGUUCACACAAAUACAAAAAAAAUCCAAAACGGUGGUGACGGAUGAUGAACUCGUGAGGAAACACCGUAUGCUCUCGUUUAAUAUGGAACGUAGACCUGAAGUAGCAGCUUCAUUGUUAUUGAAUCAAGAGUUUAUGAAUAGAGAACGGCUCCGAGUACCAAUGCCGCCACCCUUACCUCCUCCAAGACCGGAAAUCAACAAACAAAUGUACAAUAAUAUUAUGCAAAAUAUGAUAAGACCGUCAGAUAGAUUAGGUGUUCCUGUUCAUGAAAGACUUUCUGUAGGAAGAGUUCCAUUAGUGGAAGAUAGAAGGAGAAUAAGAAGACGAAGAGGUGCUAAGACUAAAAUACGACAAUCUGUUAAGUCCAAUUUAAACACAAAUGGAAGUAGCAUAGGCACUACAAAGGUUUCUAAAUCUAAAAAACGACAAAUAUCAAAACAGAGAGACCAGUUUCCUCGUAAAGAACAAGUUAUUUCUAAAGAAGAUUUGGACCAACAGCUGGACCAGUUUAUGUCACACACUAAACAAAAACGAGAUGAAGAACUGAGUAGAGUUAUUCAAGAACAUUCUUAA